AUGGCUCACCGACUCUUCAAUCAACAACAACAGCAUCAUAACAACAACAACAACAUCAUCAUCAAUAAUGGAUCAUCACUCUCUCCACCUGUAGAUAUCAAUCAAGCAAGGAGACACUCUUUUGAAGGUUCUACUACAAGUUCACCAAAUAAUAACAACAACAACAACAACAACACUCCAAUUUCUUCGACUAGAGUACAGUAUACUGCAACAACAACACCAACAACAACAUCUGGAAUUACUAAUACCACCAGCACCAGCACCACCACCACUUCAGUACUAUCAUCCUCUCUUCCACAACAAAACAUGAGUCGUCAACAAUGGAUGCAAUCACCACCACAACAAUCACAACAAUCACCACCACUGUUAUCCUCUUCACCUCAUCAUCAUCAGAACCUUCAUCAAAGAACUGCAUCAGCAUUUCCUGCAACACCUCUUCAUCGAGGAAUGAGUGAAUCUAAAAUUGUGAAUAGUCCAAGCAGUGCUGCCACCCAGCAGUAUCAUCCACCUACAACGUCGACAUACACUACCAAUUCGGCCAAUACUACUACUAGUACUAAUACCAAUACUACUACUAGUACCAAUUCUCCAAGAGUGUUCUCUCAACCACUCUCCAACAAUUACACAUCCACCUCUUCAAGACAUCAUAGUGUGAGUCAUGGUGGUGUCAUCACACCUAUUGGUGGUGGUGGUGUUAGUGGUGGUUUAUUUGGAGGAUCUGAUCUUUCAGUUCUAUCUCAUACGAAUCAUUCCAUCAAUGAUUCUUCAACAGAUUCAACGAAUAGUGAUAUGAAUUUAAUGUUCAUGAUGAUGGAUCAAUCGAUUAUUAAUCAAUCCUCAAGUAUUCGAACAUCAUUGAAAUAUGAUCCAAGUACUAGUAGUACUGGUAAUAAUAGUAACAAUCAUGAUAAGAAUGCACCUAAAUCAAUGUUAAUUCAAAACAUUAUUCAUGAUUUAAUUGAAGAAUUGACAAGUAUUAUUAAAAAAGAUUCACAUACGAAUAGUAGUAGUAGUAGUAGUAGUAGUGGUCAUGGUGGUGGUGGUGGUGGUGGUCAUUCUUCCCUGUCACACCACCAUCAACACCAUCCAUACCAUCACAAUAGUGGACAAUAUUCAUUCGCACAUUUAAUAUCUAGUAGUGGUCAUGCAAGUCACAUGAUGAUGGAUUCAUCCUAUUCUGGAGUGAAUAGUAAUACCAUUUUUCAAAUGAAUCUUACACUAGGUGGUAAUAGUAGUGGUACUGGUAGUACUACUACGACAAGUGGUCAUGUCAUACCUAAUCCAACAAUGACGACUACUUCAAAUUUGAAUCCUACACUAAGUGGUGGUAUCAAUAGUGGUGGUAUCAAUAGUGGUGGUAUCAAUAGUGGUGGUGGUGCAGUUGGAGGUAAUAGUACUACUACUACUACUACUAACAACAUGAGUAACAAUUCUUCCUCCAACAUUACCACCAACAAUGUCAUACUUCCUAGUAACAUGAUGAUGAUUGGUGGAACAGGUGGAUUAUUCAUGAAUACUCAGAGCAACAACAACAACAACAUUGGUGGUACCAAUAAUGGAAUGAUGAUGAGUACUACUACUAGUAAUACUACUUUCACAAACUCAUCAAUUUCUGCUCAAAAUAGUUCUAAUAGUUCUGGACUAUUGAUGGGUAAUAGUAAUUUAAAUUCAUUCUCAAAUUUGAGUGGUAUUGGAUUAGGAUCUGCAUCAAGUCUUGCAUUAUCAUCUUCAGCAUCAUUAUUAUCAUCGACAACAACCAACAUGUUGAGUGGUCAUUUGAAUGUCAAUAACAAUAACCAUUCAACACCAUCCAUCUAUUCAACAACAACAAGUACAACAUCAAGUGGUGUAUUGAAUGAACAUCACAUUGGUGUCAUGCCAAUCAUGACAACGAAUGAGAAUAACAACAAGUACACCAAUAUUUAUUUCAACAAUUCACAUUCUUUGAAAUUACUCUUCAAAUAUCACAAUGAAAAUAUCAUUUCCAAAGUAUUUAUUUAUAAGGAAAUUCUUAAAAGAAUGCAAGAAAAUGAAGAGAAUGUGAUCACUCUACUCUAUUGUCUCUAUUUAUUAAAAACAAUAUUAACAACAUUUAAAAGAGAUGAUCGAUUAGUCGAUCAAUAUAAGAGUAUUUAUUAUUAUUGUAAAGAUGUAUUGGUAAAGAAACAUAGAAAUGCUCAUUUACAAUCUCAACUAUCAUUUACAAUCAAAUACUUGUAUAGAUAUUUGAUUAAAAUAUUACAAAAGAAUCAAUUGUAUAUUCUCAACAUGUUAAAUUAUGAUAAGAGAAUAUCAGGAUUAACAUCAAGAGUAUUUGAAUAUUAUUUAUAUAAGAAUCGAUUAUUGAAUAAUGAAAUUUUGAAACUAUAUCAACAAGAAGAUGUGAUGAUGAAACAAAAACCAAACAUGAUGAGUGUGAUGGAUUUUGUCUAUUUUGGAUCUCAAUUUAGAAAAUUUACUAAAUUUGAAGAUAAACAAGCAGAAUUGGAUUUGAGUCAUCGAGUGUUGAAUAUUGAGAAUAUGGAUACGAUCAAACAUCAAAUUGCAAGUAUUGAAUAUGAAAUUGUUCAGAGGAAUUUAUUGAGAAGAAGAGGAGGUGGUGGUAAUUCUACUACUACUACUACUACUACUAAUACUAGUAAUAGCAGUAAUACUUAUAGCAGUAAUAGUAACAACAAUAAUAGUAACAAUAGUAACAAUGACACAACUAUUUCAACGACUUCAAGUGCCAUAUUGGAUGAAUUACUUCUUCCAAAUAUUUCUCAAUAUAUUGAACAAUAUUAUGAAUAUAAGGAUAACAAUGAUCAAUAUAUUGAAUCUAUUAUUGAUAAUUAUGAUCAAUUUAAUACCAUUUUGAAUCAAAUAGUGAAUGGAUGUAUGAAUAAUCAUUAUAUUGAAGAUGAGAACAAACUCAAUGAUGCAUGUCUAUUAUUUGUCAUGAUGAUUUCACAUGCCAUUUAUCAUUCAAAUAUGUCAUUGAAUCAAAGCAAUGUAACAACAACAAUGAAUCAAAAUGAACACUCUCCUCAUGUCAACAUGAAGCAUUCACACUCUAACAAACUCACCAUGAAACAAUUGAAUAGUUUCUUUUUAGAAAUGAUGGAUAAUCAUUCACUUCUAUCCAUCUAUUAUGUAUUUAAAAUUAUAUUUAAUAUUUAUUAUUAUAAUUUAAGUUUAUAUGAAAUGUAUCAAAAUAUUCCAAGUAUUGAAGUUGUGUUGAGUGAUUUAUUUUCUAAAUUUUGUGAUAUGGCAAUGGUAUUCUACACAAGUCAUUUCAAUACUAGUAGUAGUACUCAUCAUUUCAAUAAUAAUUCUUUUAAUAGUACUACUAGUAAUAGUACUACUACUACUACUAAUAAUACUACUACAAAUAAUACAACUACUACUAAUAAUACUAAUAAUCAUACUUUUAAAAUUCUCUCUGAACAUGAUCAACAAUUAUUCGAACAAAUCAAAUCAUCCAUCUGUGAAAUAUUAUCCUUCUUUUUAUAUCAUCAUUUUAUUAUUUACAACACCAAUUACAAUCAUUGGCCACUUUUAAAUAUGCAAAAUGUAUUGGUUAUUGAAUUGAAUCCACAAAUACUCAUUGAUUGUUUAGAUAUUCGAGUGGUCUAUGAUUUGAUACUUUAUAGUUUGAACAAUAGUGGAGGAGGAGGAGGAGGAGAAGGAUAUACCAUUCCAGACAUUUCCAUGACAACAACUACUACUACUACUACUAGUGGUGGUGGUGGUGCUGCUGCUGCAACAAUGAAUAGUAGUAGUAGUAGUACAAAUAUGAAUAUGAAUCACUUUAGCAAUGAGACAAGAAGAUCCUUCUCAACCUUGACAUUACCAUCCUCUCUGAGUGAGCACCAUGAUCUAUUAAUAGCAUUAUUAUGUUUUCAACUCAAUCAACAACCACAAUUAUUACAAAAAUUACCAUCCAAAAUAUAUUCAAUUAUUGAACUCUAUAGUACCUAUGACUAUUUAUUGAAUAUGAAUAGCAAAUAUAAUCUAUUUUUAAUUAUUUUUGAUUAUAUCAUUCAAAAGGAAAUACCAAAUAUAGAUCCAUUUCAGAGAGAUUUAUUAUUUUUAAUAUUUGAUAAAAGUAAUUUACCAAUCUAUGGACACUCGUUAUUCAAAUACAUUCCAAAUGUGGAUAAGAAUUUUACCUUUGUUAAAUUAUUUACUAAAUUCUUAUAUUCUAAUUUUGUAAUGAAAUCAGAGAAUACCAUGAUACCACUUGGAAAUAAUUUUGAUAUGGAGAGUAUGAUGAAAUUUAUUAUAGGAUUACAACGAUUAUCAUGUCACUAUUUAAAUUGUGAAUUUAAAUCAUAUAUUUCUCAACUAUUAUCACCACCGAGUAGUGUCAUGAUGGUAUGCACUCCACGUAUGGGAAUGAGUAAUAGUACUACUGUUGGUAAUAAUAGUAAUAGUACUACUUUUGGUAAUGCAUCAUUAUUCAAUCCUAUCUUUGAUCUUUUAAAAAAUUUAAUUUUUGACGUACAUGAUCAAGACAAUCAAAGACAAGGUGAACUCAUGUUAUUUAAUAUUAUGAAAUUUAAUGAAGAUUAUGAUUCAUGGAUUACUAAUAUUAGUUAUUAUGGAAUGAGUCAUACUGUGAAUCAUAAUACAACAAUGAAUACUACUACUACUACUACUACUUUGAAUCUACUCUCCAAUCCUAAUAAUAACCAAUCACAACAACCAUCACAACAACAACCAUCACAACAACAACCAUCACAACAACAACCACACUCCUACUAUUCAGAAUUAAGACAACGAAUGAAUCAAUUACUCAAUGAAAUGAUUCAUCAUGAAUAUACUCCCAUUCGAAUGAUGUAUUUAAAUUUAUUAGAAAAGAAGAUUCAAUUAUUGAAAUCAAAAUGUACCACACAUGGUGAUUCUGAAAAAGUGAAACUCAUGAUCAAAACAUUGAAUGAAUCUCUAUUGGAAUGUAUUGUGAAUAGAAAAGAAACAGAUACAAGAAUAUUGAUGAAAGCAUUUCAUUUGGUAUUUGAUUUUAUAUCUGUGUGUACCUUUCCACAUUCAUAUCAUCAAAUGAUGAACAACAGUUGGAGUGGUAAUGGUCAGAGUGGUAGUAGUGGUCAUCAAAGUGGUCAUCAAAGUGGUCAUCAUUCCAACGUGCCACCACCUCAACAACAACAACAACAACAACAACAACACUACUCUCCAGGACAUGAUGCUUCAGUCUAUUCCAAUGGUGGUGGUGGUCAAUGUGGCAAUGAUACACCAUCGACUCAUACUCACCCUAAUACUACUACUAGUAGUAAUAGUCACUCCUCCUCUCCUCCACUCUAUCAUCAAAUCUUUAAUAUGGAUGUUUAUGAUUUAUUCUUGAAUGGUCAUGUGAGCAUUCCAUUCUAUUUAUUGAAAGACAUUAGUAUUAGUAUUUUAUAUUACUUGUUUGAAUCCUUACAUUCCACUCAACAAUCUCGUCAACUCUCUUCUAUUUCUUCCAUUCUACUCAUUCUCAUUAUUGAAAAGUGUAACAAAUCUCCACAUGUAUUGGCUAGUAUUGGUGGUAUUACAUUCUUUAAGAAUUUACUUCAACAAGAGAGAUACAAUGCGACCAUUCUCUAUUACACGAGCAAGUAUUUGAUGAAACAAUUGAGUCAAUCCUUUCCAAAAGAGUAUUACAAGUAUUUAUCAAAUUUAAUUUUGAAAGCACAAACCGAGAAUUUACCAAACCUGUUGCAAAAUCCAUACAAUCCAUUCUUUAUUUAA